AUGAACGGCAAUAGUACAGUUAUCGUAGAGCCUCGGUGUAAAUCCAUAAUAACAAAGUAUGGGAACAUCAGAAUCGAGUUGGAGUCUGCAGUGAGUGGUGUCAAGCUUGCGGAGAAUGUUGCAGAUGUUGUUCAACUGUCCAUCUUUAAUCACAGAUUCAUGGGUAUUGCUGAGCAAAUGGGAAGAACCCUGCAACGUACUUCCAUAUCGACGAAUAUCAAAGAAAGGUUGGAUUUUUCUUGUGCCUUGUUUAGUCCUGAUGGCGGUUUAGUUGCUAACGCGCCGCAUGUUCCAGUUCAUCUCGGUGCCAUGUCGAGUACUGUUCGCUGGCAGCUCAAACACUGGGGUAAAAAUCUGAACGAAGGAGAUGUUUUGGUGACGAAUCAUCCUUGCGCCGGUGGUAGCCAUUUGCCUGAUAUAACCGUUAUCACGCCUGUUUUCGACAACUGCAAGCUUGUGUUCUUUGUGGCAAGCAGAGGUCACCAUGCAGAAGUUGGAGGCAUAACUCCAGGAAGCAUGCCUCCUUUCUCAAAGGCGAUUUGGGAGGAAGGCGCUGCGAUAAAAGCGUUUAAAGUCGUUGAAAAAGGAGUUUUCCAGGACGAGGGAAUCAUCAAACUUCUUCAGUUCCCUUCUUCUGAUGAAACAACAGCUAAUAUUCCUGGAACGAGAAGGAUUCAGGACAAUCUCUCCGAUCUUCAAGCCCAGAUAGCUGCCAACCAGAGAGGAAUUGCUCUUAUUAAAGAGCUGAUUGAGCAAUAUGGCCUUGGAACUGUUCAGGCUUAUAUGAAAUACGUGCAGCUUAAUGCAGAAGAAGCAGUGAGAGAAAUGCUGAAAUCUGUCGCGAUCAAAGUUUCUUCGGAAACUCCUAAUUCAAAAGUUGGUAACUCUGUGACCAUAGAAGAAGAGGAUUAUAUGGAUGACGGAUCCGUGAUUCACUUAAAACUCACAAUCGAUGCUGACAGAGGAGAAGCCUUCUUCGACUUUACAGGCACAAGCCCUGAAGUAUACGGUAAUUGGAACGCACCGGAAGCAGUUACAUCUGCAGCAGUUAUUUACUGCCUCCAUUGUUUGGUUAAUGUCGACAUUCCCCUAAACCAAGGCUGCCUAGCUCCGGUUGAGAUCCGUAUACCGGCUGGUUCGUUUCUGUCGCCAAGCGAGAAAGCAGCUGUUGUUGGAGGAAACGUUCUAACAUCUCAGAGAGUUACAGAUGUUGUACUAACAGCUUUCAAGGCUUGUGCUUGUUCACAAGGGUGUAUGAACAACCUCACAUUUGGAGAUGAUACAUUUGGGUACUACGAGACCAUUGGAGGAGGAUGUGGAGCUGGGCCGACAUGGGACGGGACAAGCGGAAUCCAAUGCCAUAUGACGAACACCCGGAUGACUGAUCCCGAGAUCUUCGAACAGAGGUACCCGGUUAUGUUGCAUAGAUUUGGAUUGAGAGAGAAGAGUGGAGGCAAUGGGUUGCACAAAGGAGGAGAUGGAUUGGUGAGAGAGAUAGAGUUUAGAAAGCCGGUGGUGGUUAGUAUUCUGUCAGAGAGACGAGUUCACUCGCCACGUGGAUUGAACGGUGGCCAAAAUGGAGCUCGUGGAGAGAACUAUCUCAUUACUAAAGACAAACGGAGAAUCUAUCUUGGAGGCAAGAAUACUGUACAUGUGGAAGCCGAUGAAAUCCUACAGAUUCUUACACCGGGCGGUGGCGGAUUUGGCUCAGACGUUUGA